AUGCCUGGAAUCGCGAGUGCAACGGGUCUUUUGGAAGCACGGACUCGGCCGGUCCAUCGGCCCAAAACGAAGAGAGUAGAACUUUCAAGUUUUACGAAACCAGCACCUCUGAUUCUACGACCCUUCUCUGGCCUCUUUAAUCCUUAUCCCUAUGGAUGCUCCGUACUGUGCAAUCACCCAACUGACUGCGAAGCGAAAGAUGUUCUUCAACGAGCCAAAAAUACAUGGGCAACUAAAGGGAAGGCUCUGUUAUUACCAGAAGAAAUGGAGAUGAUCAGAGAGAAUUUAGUGGGUCAGGCUGUGAUCCCCACCGAAUCGACCAACGAUCCUGCGACCGUGCCGGAGGAAUUGUUUCGUAAAUACACGGAAACCGACUCGAGGCCUUUAACCCCGGCGCCGACGCUCGCCAGCGGCUCCGCUCUGACGAGCAGACUCGUCCAGGAUGAAUACCCGAUGGCCCGCGAUCUUCGAGAACGUCCGACACUGGUCUUAGAUUUGAGAACGAAUCUACAGAAACAGAUGGAAAAUGAAACUUUGACUUGGCACGCCCUGACUUUGGAACCGCCUCCGACUUAUCGAAAGACUGAGAUUUUUAUAUCCAAACCGAUUUUCAAACGUACGAGCGAACAUCGAGUGUACACUCCAAACUCAGCAGCCGAUGUUCUCGAUUCAUUCCGCAGAGAAGACAUCGACGAUGAAUUGAAUUCAAGUAGAAAUAUGGAAAAGAGCAAAACAGAAAAUAAAGAACGUGUGGUCAUUCGUAGACGAGGGAAACGGUUGCGUAAGACGAAAAGUAGAAGGCGAUCGAUUUACGGGCAACAGGCAGAAAUCUGCGAUUUCUUCGAACCAACAGAAACUCAGAUCUCGCAUUUAGGAGAUGGAUCCAGGAGAACAUCGAUUCAUACGAAUAAUGAAGAACCAGAUAAUCAAGUGACUUCCGCUAAGAAAACGUCUGCCAUUAGCAAUGCAAUUUCAACGACACUUUCUAGCUUCAUCGACGGCGAUAUUUUAAAGCAUUUAUGCAGAGAGCUAGAUAAUUACAAAGUAGAAGCAGAGUUUUCGAUCAGAAGGAGGAUUGCGUUCGAAGAAGCUUUGCGUGUGAAAAGUGAAAGUUCUACACGUGCAAGGCGGGCUCAGAUAUUUUCGAGCUCCGUUUUGGCAGAUACACCGCGGGUGUUUUCCCGGCAAGCGGCUCGUUUCGAGAUCCUCGGUAGUAAAACAUUAAACGGUAUAACAGUUUUGGAAUACCUCAGCAAGCACGUAUUCGUUUCCCCUGGGAGAAAACUGAUCUUCGCCAAGACUUUCAACAAAUUUCAAGAAGACGUGACACAAGAUAUUAGACAAAUUUCUCCCAGUGAGAUCUUCGAAGCUCUCGAAGACGUAAUCGGGAGUCCCAUCACUAAAGUCCACGAGACGUACCUGAAUCAUAUGAUAGGCGAAAUAAAGAAACCAUUGAAUUUUCGUAGCUGGUGCGGUUUGUGCGCCGCGGUCGAACGAUUGCUCUGUCCCCUUCCUGAGAAAGAAAUCGACCCUCCUGCAUGGCUGGAAAAGGUAGACUUCGAGAAUUUAGAAAGAAGACUUGCGUCUGCCAACGCGGAUUCCAAACUGGCGCAAUUUUUACGAGAGAUUCACGAAAAAUAAAGCUUAAAUAUAAAAAUUAAUCAAUGUGUUUACGUCAUUCAUACACGAGAGAUCCUUUCAUUCCUCUGUUCUAAAUAAUACGAAAAAUUUUCAAUUCAGGAAAGCAGGAUUAAUUGUAGGCCUGGAUCAACAAGGGUUAGAUUCUCUUUGAAUUGGACAAUUUCCAUGCCGCUCGUAAAAUUCCCUCUCCACGCGCGUCUGUUUA